AUGUUGUCAACUCAGCUUCACCACAGCCAGGCUUCGAGACAGGCUGCAAAGGCUGCAACUCUUGGUCUUGUUCGAACCUUAUCCUCUUCAGAAUCUCUCCUUAGAACUAACGCCAUUGUUCGAACCGGUUACUCUGCUCCCCAGCAACACCGACUCUUUUCAUCGACACCCAACAACCGUCUUCGUGACUUCUUCCCCGUCAAAGAGACGCCGCACAUCCAAAAAACCAAACCAGCAUGGCCACACGAAGGUUACACAUACAAGGAGAUGAUGGCAGUUGAGCCUGCCCACCGAGAACCCAAGACUAUCGGCGAUAAGACUGCUUGGAAGAUUGUCCGCGUUGCCAGGUAUUGUAUGGACAAGGCAACAGGCAUGGACCGGGACCAGAAGUCAGACAAGAGUAAACCAACCACCUCCAUCGUAGCCCAGAAGCCACUCACCGAGGCGCAAUGGUUAAUCCGGUUCAUCUUCUUGGAAAGUGUCGCCGGUGUUCCAGGAAUGGUUGGCGGCAUGUUACGGCAUCUCGGUAGUCUUCGACGGAUGAAACGUGAUAACGGUUGGAUCGAAACACUUCUCGAGGAGAGCUAUAACGAGCGAAUGCAUCUCUUGACGUUCAUGAAGAUGUGCGAGCCUGGCUGGUUCAUGAAGAUGAUGAUCAUUGGUGCCCAAGGAGUCUUCUUCAACAGCCUGUUCGUUUCGUACCUCAUCUCGCCCAAGAUUGUCCACAGAUUUGUUGGUUACCUUGAGGAAGAGGCUGUCCACACCUAUACUCGUUGUAUCAAGGAGAUUGAGGACGGCAACUUGCCAAAGUGGAGUGAUCCCAAGUUCGAGAUCCCCGAUAUUGCUAUUCAGUACUGGAAGAUGCCAAAGGAGCACCGUACAAUGAAGGACUUGAUCCUCUACAUCCGGGCCGAUGAGGCAACACACCGAGGAGUCAACCAUACACUGGGCAACCUCAACCAGAAUGAGGACCCAAACCCAUUCGUCAGUGAAUUCAAGGAUCGUGAACCACCAAGGCCUGCUUUGAAGGCAGCCGGCUAUGAUCGAGCUGAAGUCAUCUAA